AUGAGUCAACGCAUGAACCUGUUCGUUCCUUCAUUUGAAAUGGAUCAAGAGGAAGACGUUGCACGCAAGACGACGGAGAACGGAGGCAUCGGUGGUGGUGUCUGGAGGUUCAAAGGCAACAAAGCGGCCAAGGAAGCAGCAAGUGUCUCAAUGAAAGGUACUCUUUUUAGGUUAUUCGACUGCUGCAGCAAAGACGUUAAAAAGAGUAUUUUGCCCCUGGGUCACGGCGACCCUUCCGUGUACCCUUGCUUCGACACUUCCGUUGAUGCCGAGGAGGCGGUGGUUGAAUCCUUACGGUCUGGCUCCGCCAACUCUUAUGCCCCGGGGGUCGGUAUUUUACCAGCAAGGAGGGCGGUUGCAAAUUAUCUGAACCGGGAGUGGGACCUUCCACGUAAGAUGAAAUCAGAUGACAUAUUUAUGACGGUGGGGUGUUGCCAAGGGAUAGAGACAUUGUUUCAUGCCCUCGCUGGACCAAAGGCCAAUAUCUUGAUCCCGACUCUAAUAUAUCCCCUCUACAACAGUUACGCAAUUCAUAGCCUAGUGGAGCCUCGCAAAUACGAUCUCCUUCCCGAUCUAGACUGGGAGAUAGAUCUUCAAGGCGUCGAAGCCUUAGCAGACGAAAACACCAUUGCUAUGGUGAUAAUUAAUCCUCACAACCCAUGUGGAAAUGUUUAUACAUAUGAACAUCUAAAGAAGGUAGCUGAGGUGGCUAGAAAGCUAGGAAUAAUGGUGGUUUCUGAUGAAGUUUAUAAUAAAACUAUUUAUGGAGAGAAUAAAUUUGUCCCAAUGAGGAUAUUUUCAUCUAUUGCUCCUGUGAUUACAUUGGGGUCCAUAUCCAAGGGAUGGCUCGUCCCGGGGUGGCGGAUUGGUUGGAUCGCAAUAAAUGAUCACGACAACGUUUUUAAAACCACCGGGGUCGUUGAAUCCAUCAAGGAACAUCUCGACAUAAGUCCAGAUCCAUCAACAAUUCUACAGUUUGCACUUCCAAACAUCUUGGAGAAGACGAAGAAAUCUUUCUUCGAAAAGAAUAAUUCUACCCUAAGUCAAAACGUAGAUUUCGCAUUCGAUGCUCUCAAAGACAUUCCUUGCCUCACCUGCCCCAAGAAACCCGAGUCGUGUACUUACUUAGUGACAAGAUUGGAUCUAUCCCUCUUGGAGGACAUCACGAAUGAUUUUGAUUUCUGCAUAAAGCUGGCCCGAGAGGAGAAUCUCGUCCUUUUACCUGGGGAGGUAUUAGGACUGAAGGGUUGGGUGAGACUCUCGAUCGCAGUGGAGAGGUCGAUGCUAGAAGAUGCUUUCGUGAGGCUCAAAGGCUUCUACGCUCGCCAUAUUAAAACACGACUCAGUUAA